AGGCUGGGUCUGUAGCUGAGGCUCGGCCUCGGCCAAGCCCACUCCCCAGGAAAAGAGGAGGCCUAGUCCCCUGUGGCUGACGACUGGCAACUGGAAUUUGGGGCCUCAGUCUGACAACUCCUGGCUGCUCACACUGAUUCUCUGUAUGUCUUGCAGCCUGUGACACUGGGGUCUAGGGCACAAUGGCCCAGGCCCUGGGGGGAGGACCUGGUGCUGCCAUCAGAGCUACAGGAUGAUUCUAGCUCUCUAGGGUCUGACUCGGAGCUGAGUGGGCCCAGUCCAUAUCGCCAGGCUGACCGCUAUGGCUUCAUUGGGGGCAACUCAGCAGAACUGGGGUAAGUGAGGCAUGGGUAGGGAGAUAGGGUACCGAGACUGAGUUCUGGCUGUAGAGACUAGCCCGGAACUCAGCCAGUGCCACUCUCAGAUCUCAGGUGGAAUUCUAAGGUAAGAAUGCCAGUGAAGGAAAUGUCCUUUUUAUCCUUUGAGGGUCUGAACGCGCCCUUAUAGCUGCACCUUUCACCUUUUCAUCUCUGGCCCAAGAGCUCCAGAUGGAAAUUCGUACCUCUUUCAUUCUCUUCUUCAGGUUUACCUUACCCAGUUAAACAGGCCCAGAGACAGACAGAAACUUGCCCCACAUCGCACAGCAGAUCAGAAACAGAAGCAGAUUCUGGCUUUGAGUUCAGGGCACCGUCCCCCAGGAGCCCCUGUGAACUGUCUCUGUCUCUGUUGUGGGUGAUAGUCAAACAGGCUCUCCCUCAGUACAAACCUCCUCACUGCUUCAGUCUUUCCUGCUUCUGUCCCUGUUAAAGCCAAAUACCAAUCACCACUGGCAGCUUCUGGGCCACAGAUCCCCUCCCAGGACUCCUCAGUGGUCCCCCGUAGCCCAGAAUGGGAAAGCGUAAGUUCCAAGGAAUGUGUGCCUCCAGGCCUGGCCAACCCCCUGCAGACCUCAUCCGCCAGCGGGAGAUGAAGUGGGUGGAGAUGACCUCACACUGGGAGAAGACCAUGUCUCGCCGGUACAAGAAGGUAAAGAUGCAAUGCCGGAAGGGCAUCCCUUCAGCCCUGCGGGCCCGGUGUUGGCCCCUGCUGUGUGGGGCCCAGAUGUGCCAGAAGAACAACCCCAGCACCUAUCAGGAGUUGGCAGUGGCCCCUGGAGACCCACAGUGGAUGGAGACCAUUGGCAGGGACUUGCACCGCCAGUUUCCUCUGCACGAGAUGUUUGUGUCACCCCAGGGACACGGGCAGCGGGGGCUGCUGCAGGUUCUCAAGGCCUACACCCUGUACCGGCCAGAGCAGGGCUAUUGCCAGGCUCAGGGCCCUGUAGCUGCUGUGCUGCUCAUGCAUCUGCCCCCCGAGGAAGCCUUCUGGUGCUUGGUGCAGAUCUGCGAGGUCUACCUCCCUGGCUACUAUGGGCCCCACAUGGAGGCGGUGCAGCUGGAUGCUGAAGUGUUCAUGGCCCUUCUGCGGCGACUGCUCCCACGUGUACACAAGCACCUGCAGCAGGUGGGCGUUGGACCCCUGCUCUACCUGCCCGAGUGGUUCCUGUGCCUCUUCACCCGCUCGCUGCCCUUCCCCACGGUGCUGCGCAUCUGGGAUGCCUUCCUUAGUGAGGGUGCCAAGGUGCUAUUCCGUGUGGGGCUGACACUGAUGCGCCUGGCGCUGGGCACUGUGGAACAGCGCACAGCAUGCCCAGGGCUCUUGGAGACACUGGGGGCCCUUCGAGCCAUCCCCCCCUCCCAGCUGCAGGAAGAGACCUUCAUGUCCCAGGUCCACAGUGUAGCCCUGUCUGAGCGAGAUCUGCAACGGGAAGUCAGGAUCCAGCUGGCCCAUCUGCCCAAGUCAUCACCUGGGCCAGCACCUCUGCCACAGGCCCGCCUUCCUGGGGCCCAAGCCAUCUUUGAGUCCCAGCAGCUCGCAAGGGUUCGAGAAAGCACCAAACCUGAGAUACCCCGAAUAGUGGUGCAGCCCCCAGAGGAGCCCAGACCACCGCGGCGCAAGCCACAGACCCGUGGCAAGACUUUCCAUGGGCUCCUAACAAGGUCUCGGGGACCCCCUAUCGAGGGUCCCUCUAGGUCCCACCGAGGUUCUGCCUCUUUCCUGGACACCCGCUUCUGAGUGUCUUGAGUGUACAGUGUGUGCUUACUGCCACCACAUCUUAGUCAUCUGAGCAGCCAUGCCAGCCCCAGAAUGUGUACUGCACUUUAUUUCUGAGCUGCGUGACUUUGCUCUGUUCCCAGCAAGGACCAUCUAGAGGAGAGGAGUAGCUCCCCACUUUAAGAACUGUGUCAGGCACAAAGAUAAAGGAAGGUCACUGAGUGGAGCUUGUGGGGAGUUGUCCAGUACCUGCCAUUGCCAGAAUCAAAGCCGGCACUGAAGGAGUGUGGGGGUGAUGCUUCGGGCUGGGAUACCGUGUCCCCAUGGGCUUCUUGUUGGGGAACCCCAAAUAAAGCCUGACUGAGAAGAUA